GAUCAUCAAAGAUUGGAUACAGUGGGGAACAUACUAACAUUAGGAUGCUCGCUACUGGAGGACAAGUUCGUGGUUUCUGGUGCCUGAAGGUGGAGACAGGUCUAGUGCUGUGCUGAGCCUGGAUGCACCCUGGUCCCGCGGUGCCACUGCUAACAGUGCUACCACUACAAUCAUCCAAAGCUGUCUUAGUCGCUCACUGUCUUCGCGUCUUGGUUUCAACGUAUAUAUCAUGCAGAGGCAUAGAGAGCCAUGUGAAGCCAGGACGUCCAACAGUUGGGUGAGGUCGUUCCCACGAUAACAGAAAACGAAGAUCUGAAAUAGAGCGGGCCGAUGCCUUGAGUCGUGACCGACGAUCUCUGCUGCCGAGUAAAUGCCAGGAAGCCUGAUGCAUACAGAUAGCGAGGGGGCCAGGUAAAAUAUCGCCACGGACCGGGAGCCGCAGGUAGAUAAUCUACAUAGGUCCGCGGAGACUGGUUGGGUCCCUCAACGCCAUCGUGCGCAUGAUGACGAUCAGGUGCGCAGGAGCGAGCAACAAUGAGCGACUAGAGCAGACACACGACAGAGGGGAAGCAAAUGGGGCUGCACGCGCCCUCAGUACGAAUAGUUGCGGGAGCCGGAGCUUGGGCAGUUUUAGAUGCCCUUGGGGCGAUAAAGACCUCAAUCAUCGUGGAUUCGGAUGCGCUGUGUCGACCUCAAGGCCUUGAAUCUUCUCUUGCGGGCGUUUCGGCGAUCAGAUUUCGUUUCAUUGAGAUGAAUAUACUCAAAUGCCUGAGAUCUUGACAGGAAAGGUGGCUGCGACGCUUUUUGAUCUUGAACUCCCAAGAAGAAGCAGGUACCCGUUACGGUCAUUCGUUCUCGCAACCGCCAAAGGAGGUCAUGGAAUACAGCUGCGCGGCGCAACCAACGAGAUCAACGCU